AUGCUGAAGAUCUUCAUCCUUUUCACUUCACUUUACAUCAUCAGUACCAGUGGUAAAAAAAAGUCCAAUUCUAUGACGUUUCUAAAUAUGUUUUACUAAUUUAUGUCUAAUUCUUGUCUUUUUCAUAUACAAAAUCUGCACAGUAAUUUUUAGGGAGUUAUUAUAACUCCAAAAUGGAGCAAAAAUUUUAGGUACAGGAUAACCCGUUUUUUGGGGUUACUUUAACUCCUAAUUUAACUCCAAAUUUGGGGUCAUUUUUACUCCUGAAAAAGAGUUCUUUUUACUCCCAGUCUGGAGUUAAAAUAACUCCGAAAAUGGGGUUAUUUUUACUCCUUACAUGGGUUGUUUUUACUCUUUUUGGAAUUACUUUAACUCUGAAAGUGGAGUAAAAAUUUUAGGUACAGGAUAACUCCCUUUUUGGGGUUAUUUUAACUCCUCGAUAUCUGGGGUCAUUUUUACUCCUGAAAAAGAGUUCUUUAAACUCCUUUUUGGAGUUGAAGUGACUUCCCAAAAAAUAACUCCACUGUAAGGAGUUAAAUUAACCCCACUAGAGGAGUUAUUAUAACUCCUUAAAAAUUACUGUGUGAUAAGCGACAUUUUUGCGCAUGUAGUAUAGUAAGAAACUGUUAGAUCCCUUUUUUACGCAGGAUUCUCAUCAACUUGCACACGACUAUAUUAACGCCGAUGACGUCACGGCCUUUUUAAUGACAAUAGGUUGUCUGCGUUGGAUAAUGGAAUCGGCAAGAUAUAGAACUUGCAUGAUGAUGUUACGACUCAUUGAAUUUUAAGUCACAGUUGAAUUAGCGCUUAUUCCUUCUACAAUCAACAAAUGAAUACUUUUGUAAGUUUUUAGUCUAACAAUAGAAUAGACCUAUCUAUAACUUAUGUAAAUGAGAUUGCACCGCAUUGUAUCAACGGGAUAAAGACAAGAGGCCGUGACGCUACAGGCACUAAUUCUUUCACUGCCACUGUGGACAAAAUCCUGCGGUGUGACCAUUCAAAUGAAACCUCUUUGUCAGUACUUUCACAUUAUGUUAUUUAUCGUAUUUUACAGCAUUUUACCAAAAUAUAAUUGGAGAUUUUGUUGAAAUUUGACUUUGGCCACUUUUGGCAGUGAAAGGGUUAAUUAUUCUUGCGCAAGUUAGUAAGAUUCCUGCGCAAGAUAUGGGGUUCAACUGGUCGUUACUAUACUACUCACAUGAUCUUGCACAAGUUAUAAAUAGGGAAUACGACAAUUAAGCUUAAUUUCUCUUCUAUUUCAGCUGAUUCAACCCCUUGUAACAAAGACAUUGGAAUCCUUAUCGACACGUCACUAAGUAUUCCUCAAACGAAACUUGAGGUUUUAUUGGAAACGUUUUUAAAGCCAUUCUAUGCCAAGUUCGAAAUAUCAGCGCAAAAAACCCAGUUUGGUUUGAUAACCUUCGACAAAUACAGUCGUUUGAGGUUCACGUUGGCAGAAAACAUCACUACUAUUGAACCAGUUAGACGGUUCAUAACACGAAUCGACCUAGCCCUUUUACAAGCCAAAAACGAGCUGUUUACUUUAAGUGCCGGAGACAGAGAAGAUAAGCAAAAUGUGUUACUCGUGUUCACGGAUGGGAGGCCUUUUCCACCAGAAACGUUCAUUCUUUUCAACAAAUCUUUACCUUUUUUAAGGGUAAGAUAUGUGAUUUUUCUUCUCGAAAGAAACCAACCAACCAAACAGCCGCAUCACGUGAACAAACUAACCUAAAAACAUAUACAUGGGCCACUUGCACUAAGAGGUCACGUGACCAAUGCUUCCUUUAAACAAUGAGUUGGAAUCUUGGUGAUGCCAAAAAUUGACAGAGCACAUAAAAUGUAUCUUACACCCGAAAUUUGAGAGGAUACGCACUUUAGACAGAUAUUUUAUGACACUUUGAUUUUUCAACAAAGUAUUAUGAUUUGUUUUGGCCGCCAUGUUGGAGGUCAUACUAUUGCCUUCCAACAUGGCGGCCAAAACCACUUUUUGCUUAUAUCCUGUUAAACGUUUGAUAGUUACGCUCAGAUGUGCUGUAAACGUUACCACAUCAUCUUUUCAAAAUGUUCCUUGAAGUUUAAGUGCAAAAUUUGUGUUCAGAAAGAUGCAAUUCAUAAUUUUAAAAAUCACGUUUUGGUCACGUGACCAGCUACGAACUUACUCAUUUUAAGAAAAUGGUGCAGGUUUGAAAAACCGAAAUCCUUAUUAUUUUGUUUAAGAUAUGACCCAUUAAUCGUUUUUCGAAAGCAAAAUCAUGUAACUUUCAUUUUCAUAAACACAAUGUCACAUGACCUCUUAGGGCAUAUGGCCUAUUACAAUGUCUCUAUUUAAAAAGGCUUUUAUAUUUGUUAGAGGACCUAAAAUGGCUAGACGCUUUUUAUGACUGUGAAAAAGUUUUAAAAAAACUUAUGGUUUAGUGAUGUAUGUGAAAUUUGUCAUUAGAAGGUAUACCAAAGGGAUACCUUUUCUGUUAAAAGGGAUACAUGUAUGUCAAAAGAAAAGGGGUAGACUUUAGGGCGUAGCCUGCAAGUAUCAAGCUGUGUUGAGUGCCUCUCCUCGUCCAGGUGACAAUAAUACCUACUUUCUGUGAUUAUGUAGAGUGAAUAGUUAAAAUUGAAGGCACCACUUCUAAUUUCGGUUUUUUUUUUCGCAGGCGCAAAACGUUAGUAUUGUUGCUGUCGGUUAUGGAGUAGAAGCUAACAUUAAUACAACAGUGCUUAAGGAAAUAGGAGGAGACAAUGUAUUAAUCAUGUAUGAAGACAAAACCUUAGGAUAUGCACCCUUUGUCGAUCCAAUAAAGAAACUGGUUUGCAGUAAGUCAAUAUUUUCUCAAGUCAGUUGCCUUCCUUAUAAUUGAUUUCACUUCUAGUUCUUGGUUAUGAUUAUUAUAAUUAUUACGAUUAUGAUUAAGAUUAUUAUUUUAUCACUAUCAUUGUUAUCAUCAUCAUCAUCGUUAUCGUCGUCAUCUUUCACAUCAUCAUCAUCACAGUAUCAUUAUACUGUAUCGUCAUCGUUAUUAUUGCAAUUAGAAAAUGGAGUAUGUAUGCCAUCGUUAAACUUUAUCGGUAUGAUUUUCAAGUUAUAAUCCCUGGGAGGCGGAGUAAGGACAAGCUUUGAGUUCAGAAUCAGCUUGAGGCGUCUAUUCUUGUUAUUACUAUUUCUGUUAUUAUUAUUAUUAUUAUUAUUAUUAUUGUUAUUGUUAUUAUUAUUAUUAUUAUUAGUAUUAUUAUUAUUAUUAUUAUUUUAUUUCUUACUAUAGGCGACCUGACAUCGACCCAUGUUAAUCCGCAGUUGUCCGAAUGGAGUCAGUGUAGUGUUACUUGUGGCUCUGGAACACAGUCACGCAAUACACCCUGCAUAAAUGGAAUUUGUUCUGAAACUCGAGCUUGUGAACAGGACCCUUGCCUUAAUGGUGAGUGUGAAAUU